ACAGCCCCGGAGCCGCCACAGCCCCGGAGCCGCCACAGCCCCGGAGCCGCCACAGCCCCGGAGCCGCCACAGCCCGACGCGCUCAGCAAAGGGAGGCGAUGUUGAUGCUGGACAGCAGUUCAGAGUGUGGUAGUUUCAGCAAUCUGUUCGAGGCAGGAACCGGUGUGAACGCACCUGCAGAUGCCUUUGGUCAGUCUCCUGCUCACUUGGCUGCUUGCGGUGGUGAAGCGUUUUUCCUACUCUGGCAACUACAGACAGGAGCAAAUUUGAACCAACAGGAUUGCCUUGGAGAAGCCCCAAUUCAUAAAGCAGCAAAAGCUGGAAGUUUGGAAUGUCUCGCUCUCCUUGUUGCUGGCGAUGCCAAAAUUGACUUGUGCAACAACAGUGGACAGACAGCAGCAGAUCUUGCACUGGCUUACGGUUUUCUGGAAUGUGCCAAGUUCCUCACGACAAUUCAGCACACUCAGACAAUGAAACUGAAAGGACAGUCUGGCUACUUGCUCAGUGACAAACAUGGGUUGCUGAGAGAGGAUCCAACUGCACAGAAACAAGAAAGUAAACCCGGCAGAUCCAUAAGCAGGAAGAGGAGAAGAUCAGAUGAUGACAGAUCUUGUUUCCUAGCUGCCAGAAGAAACAGCUUCUAAUCCCAACAUGAAAUAUGGCAAAUCCAAAGUCUGAAGAAACAUGACUGGAUGAUACAUUGAGCAACCAGAUAUGUAUGCUGGGACAUUGUCUCCUUCUGAGAAGGAGGAAAGCUUGUAUAUUGUUACUUCUUACAGAAGAAUGUUGUGGUUUCCCCCUCAGUAGUUGUAUUCAUACAGCUAUAAAUAAAUGAGCAUGUGACAAUUAA